CAGAGACAGAGACAGAGAAAGAGAGAGACAGAGACAGAGAGGGAGAGAGAGGAGAGAGAGAGAGAGAGAGAGAGAGUCAAAGCCAGUGCACUAAACAAAGAGAGCCCGAGAGAAGCGCCGAGAGACAGAGCCGAGACAGAGCCCGAGAGACAGAGCCCGAGAGACAGAGCCCGAGAGACAGAGCCCGAGAGACUGAGCCCGAGAGACAGAGCCCGAGACAGAGCCCCGAGAGACAGAGCCCGAGAGACAGAAUAG